UGCUCGCCUCCGUUCCCUUGGCCGCUCAACCGAGACGAAUAUCUGACAAAAUGGCAAAGGUUGUAUCACAAGAAACGUUUGACAGUGUUGUUCUGGAAAAUGUUGUUGAAUUUGAUAUGGAUAUUGAAGAUGCUAUAAAAGAUGCUGUAAAGGAAUUUGAAUCUCAGGGUGUGCAUCUUGGUACCAUUGUAAAGAAUAUGCAUCUUAGCGAGGAUAAGCAGAAAAUUAUGCAUGACAUUCUUGUUGCAUUAGAAAAGAUCAAGUGUGCUGCAGAUGGUUCUCCUUCUGAAAGUGAUCUUCCAGAACCUCUAGCAACAUUUAGUGCUGAGUGCAAGGUGUCCGUUGCCCAUCGUGUCUUAGCCAAUAAAAACAAUGCUUAUGAAGUUCUUAUCAAAUUGAUAAAGAAAGUCCAGGGUGACCCCACUCUCCUAGCCCCAUCUGUAAAAGCAAUGGGUGCUCUAAUGGAGCAAAACUCUGAUAUACUGACCGUGGAGGGAAUUCAGUUAUUACUGGAUUUACUUAAGGACUGGACAACUCGGAAUGAAGAGUCACGAGUACCUGAAUAUUUGGCUCGUUGGUCAACUGAAUGCUGCUUAAAGCACGAACAGAAUCGCCAGAAUAUGGUAACAGCAGGUGCUCUUGGCAUUCUGGCUUUCUUGCAGGGACAGAAAUCAAACUCCAAAGCUAUCAGAACAACAAGCAAAGCCAUUCGAGCUUUUACACUUGAUGAUGAUAUGAGACAGGAGUAUGGAAAGGCUCAUGAACAUGCGAGGCUCUUAGUAGAGGAGCAUAGACUCAUUCCUAUUUGUUUAGAGAUGAUCAAAAGUAAGUUAGUAAGUGCUUUUCACUGUACAGAGUUAAAAUUUCCAAAUUAUAUUAAUAUGUAUACAUAUAUUUCAAUUCAUUUAGAUUUUCUUCAUGUAUUUGUUUAUUUGUUUUAUCACUGAACUUGAAGCUAUCAGGAAUUUUCAUUAUGGAUUAAUGCAUGGACAAGUAAACUGUUGGAUCUGGG